AAGUAUGCGCUUGCCAUAUUCACUUCCCCUUCUCUUUGCUUCUCGGACGCAUUCAACUCUCUGCUAAUGCAAAACCGGAUCUGAGCUGAACUGUAUUUGUGCUCGAGGCAGAGGAACAGAGAUGAACAGUGAAGAAAGCCAUGAAUUCCAGAUUUCUGGAGGGGAGAACAUAAACAUCUGCAGUGAAGAAUUCGGGACCCUUCUUUUUUUUGUAAAUGACUUACAAGAGGACUCUUGGAGAGAAUCCCAUACUUUAAAAGCAGUCAUUGUGAACACCUUCAGAGAAUUUCUAGCAGCUUUCCCUGAGAAUGAUCUGGCAGAAUUUAUUGAAGAAUAUCAUACAGAACGAAUAAGUUUUUGUAUGAAAAUAUAUAGAAGCACAAGUUAUUAUGAUGGGAUUUCUGUGGCAUUUACCGUCACAAUUAAUGGAGGAACUUACAGCAUGUUCUGUACAGACCAAAUGCAGAUCUGCUUCAAGAAAGGAGACUGUCCUGCUAAAAUUGAUGGAAACACGAGCAACAUGAUUUUCUAUCAGAAAAUUUUCUCUGAAAGUGAUCCAGAUGUCUUUUCAUUUGAGUCAUCGCUACAGAAAGGCCACUACCUUGCUUUCAUUGAAGAAAAUGGCAGACGCAAACUGGGACUGAAGAAAUGCCAGGAUGAUGUUGAUAACACAAAAGCUUUUGACGUACAUAUGGAAAUGGGCUCUUGAUUGGGCUGUGAUCCUACUGCUGCGCAUAUGGACCUUUAAGGAUAAUGGGCCUCAUUUAUAAAUGGAGUGCAAAGUAAUUGCUUUAUUUUUAAGUAUUCCUGUUAAAUUACCUGAUGUGCCUUAUAUUUGCCACCCUUUGCAUCACACCUAAGAAGUGAACCAUGCAGCUCUUGUUGGCAUAUAGGAUUGGUGUAACAGCUUGAUUGGAUUGCAUACCUCCCAACUGUCCUGAUUUUCGUGGGACAGUACCGAUUUUGACAGCUCAGCCUGGAGUACCAGGUUUAUUAAUGAAAUCUCCCAACUUUCUCUUUGACCUCCUGCACUGAACAGCCAGAAAAAGAUACAAAGUUUCAAACCCAGAAUAGAUAAUUA